AGAAGGCGGAAGGCGCCGGGGAGGAAGAAGGCCCCGUCCAGAGCGCCUGGGAAGAGCCGCGGCUCCGGCGUGAGGCUCAAGAGGCGUCAGAGCCGCGUGCGGAAGAGCAGGGCCAGCAGGACGCAGCACGAAGCCACGGCCCGCUCCCGCCUGGCGCGGACCCUCGGCCUGCGGAGGCCAGCCCGGGGAGCCUGCGCCCCCUCCCUGCACAAACCGGCGGAGCCCUCCCUGGGGCUGAUGCGUGCUGACAUCGGAGCCGCACCCCUGUCCUUGUUCGGGGACCCCUACGAGCUGGACCCUUUUGACAGCGGCGAGGCCCCGCCCGGCAGCCCCAGCUCCCCACUGCACACCAAGAGGCGGGCCCUGUCCCGGUCAGCGCUGCGUGCCGGGCCGGAGCCCCAGGUGGACGCAGCCCCCGAGCCCGACCUGCUGGGCAGCAUCCUGUGCGGCCAGAGCCUGCUGAUGCUGAGCGGCGCCGACGUCACCAUCCACCGGGACGGCUCCCUCAGCGCCAGGCGGGCUGCGCCCGUCUCUUCUCAGCGGGACCUGGCGGCUCUGCCUGGACGGGGACGAGGCCAAGGGUUUGGGGACAACCCGCAGCCGGGAGGGCCGUGCCCAGGCAACAGCUGCGGCCAGCAGGGCGCGGGGCCCAGCCCCUCCUGUGCCCCCGCCGUAGCCACGGGGGCAACGGUGAGACCAGGCCCCGCAGCAGGACCCCCCGGGCCGGGCCACGCCCAGAACGUGUCCACCCAGAGCACACGUGGCUUCACGCAUGGCGACACACCCUGCCUGGUGGGCAGUGGCCAGCGCCCGCCACCGCUGGGUCCUGCCACAUCUCAGGUCUCGGAGGGCAGCCCCGACUCGCCCUCCCAGGGCGCAGGCCCGGCCCCGGCCCCCAGGGUGUCCUGCAGGGGCAAGGGCGUCGGUUCCACCUUCGAGAGCUUCAGGAUCAACAUCCCGGGGAACACCGCCCAGGCCGGCCGGCCCCCCAACCCUGGCUUCUGCAACACCUUCCGGCCGGUGGACAGCAAGGCCCCGCGGAAGGAGGCGCCCGCGCCCCUCUUCUCCAUCAGGAAGGCCCGGCAGCUCAAGAGCGAGAUGUACGACCCCUUUGACCCCACGGGCUCCGACUCCAGCUCGCCCACCAGCAGCCCCGAGCGCCUGGGCCCCGGCCUCCUGCCCGCCGAGAUCACCAGGACCAUCUCCGUGGACAGCCCCGCGGCCCCCCAGGCCCAGGCCGUGCGCUGUGUCACGUCCUACACCGUGGAGGCCCCUCUG